AUGGAGCCCGGCGGGGACCACCGGAGCCGGAGCGGCGGCGGCAGGGGCGGCCCCGGGCCAGCAGUGGCCUCGGCACGGGGCCGACGGCUGCCGCCCACCGGAUCGAGCGGCGGCGCGGAGCCUGAGGAGGACGACGGCGGACAAGAUCUUCAGCUGGAAGGGGGUACCUUGGGGUCCUGGGGGAGUACCCCCCUGCCCUCCUCCAGGGCCAGGGGACCAGCAUCUUCGGGCAGGAAAUACUCAGACCAUUGUGAGGCCAGGGCCUCGAGGCCUGGAAAGAGCCGCAUCCCUGGCCGUGACCACCGGCGCUACUACCACGACCACUGGCGGCUGGAGUACCUGAUGGACUUCAACCCUGCUCGGCAUGGCAUGGUGUGCAUGGUGUGCGGCAGCUCCCUGGCCACCCUCAAGCUCAGCACCAUCAAGCGGCACAUCCGCCAGAAACACCCCUACUCUCUGCAUUGGAGUCCCCGUGAGAAGGAAGUCAUCAGCAACAGCUGGGAUGCCCACCUGGGGCUGGGGGCCUGUGGUGAGGCUGAGGGCCUAGGGGCCCAGGGGGCUGAGGAAGAGGAGGAGGAGGAAGAUGAAGAGGAGGAAGAGGGAGCUAGCCUCCAGGCUUGCCCACCCAAGGGCUCAGGCAAAGCCUCAGCUGGUGGGGGCUCCCGGCGUCGGCGUCGGGUGCAAGGGGGCCCAGUGGCAUCCCCACGCAGGUGCCUCUCAGCCUCCAGAAGGGCUGGGGGCAGCAGGGGACUGGGGUCCCAGCGCCUGGAGAGAAGGCUGAAGGAGUCCUUGCAGAGCUGGUUCCGGGCUGAAUGUCUCAUGGACUAUGACCCGCGGGGGAACCGGCUGGUGUGCAUGGCGUGUGGCCGGACAUUGCCCAGCCUGCACCUGGAUGACAUCCGUGCCCAUGUGUUGGAAGUGCACCCCAGCUCUCUGGGGCUCAGCGGCCCUCAGCGCAGUGCCCUGCUGCAGGCUUGGGGUGGCCAGCCUGGGGCGCUGUCUGAGCUCACCCAGCCCCCACCAGACGAGGACCUCGUUCCCCAGGACCUGACCAGAAAGAGCCGGGACUCGGCCCCUGCUGCUGGAGCCCCCUCCUCUCAGGAUCUCAGUCCCCCAGACGUAAAGGAAGAGGCUGGCAGGGUCCCUGAGAGGCCCGGGCCCACAGAGGAGGGCGAGAGCGAGGGAGAGGCGGAGAGGGAGGGGGUUCCYGGGCAGUCGCUGCGGGGCGGCGACCACCGCCCUCACUACCAAGAGCGCUGGCGACUGGAGUACCUCAUGGAGCUGGACGGCGGCGGCCGGCGCGGCCUGGUGUGCAUGGUGUGCGGGGGCGCGCUGGCCUCGCUCAAGAUGAGCACCAUCAAGCGGCACAUCCGCCAGCGCCACCCGGGCUCCACGUGCCUCACCGGGCCUGUCAAGGAAUGGAGCGAGAAGGCCGCCCACCUUCUGGCCCUGGGGCUGCCCUGCUCGGAGUCGCCCCCCGGCUCCACCGGCCCCAGCGAAGUCCCACUCUCCCCUGGGGCUGCUUUGGAGCGGCCCGCCGAGGAAGAGGAGGACGAAGAGGACGGGCCGGAACCUGGAGGACUGGCCUUCCCGCCGCUGCCACUGCCGCCACCGCCCCCUCCCCCGCCGCCGCCGCCCCGCAGCCGGGAACAGCGGCGGAACUACCAGCCGCGCUGGCGGGGCGAAUACCUGAUGGAUUACGACGGCAGCCGGCGCGGCCUGGUGUGCAUGGUGUGCGGGGGCGCGCUGGCCACGCUCAAGGUGAGCACCAUCAAGCGGCACAUCCUGCAGGUGCACCCCUUCUCCAUGGACUUCACACCGGAGGAGCGCCAGACCAUCCUGGAGGCCUACGAGGAGGCGGCGCUGCGCUGCUACGGCCACGAGGGCUUCGGACCACCCGCCCCUGCACAGCGUGACGGCGGCACGGACCUCAAGCCGGGUGCCGUGUGCCGGGCGUAGCCGACUCGCCGGGUCGCCCUGAGCUCGGCCGGGCCCGGGCUGGGAGGCCCUCGUAUCUCAYGCUAGAGCUUCCCACGCCCGACCGCUGUCGCGCCCCCCCGCUGGCCGGGCCGGGCGGAGAUUGGGUGGUGCCGACGCUACUGCUCUUUGCUACUUAGGUGUUGGAGCUAGUCGGGCGCUGGGGGAAGCGCACCCGGUCUCGGUGCUACGGCCCUUUGCGCAGCGCUCCACYUUCUAUGAAGCCAAAGCGGUCUCUGAAGUGUUAGCCCCGAGCGCCGCUAGCCCCAGCCGGUGUCGGGCAGCAGCCGGCGAGGCGCCCCUUUGCCAGGCUGGGGUGGGGGCGUCAUCAGUCAGUAUUAGGGCCUCGGGGAGGGCAGGAGGAGCGCGCCGGCCCCUUGUUCUGGCCGGGGGCCCAGUUCUCUGCGGCCUUGCACGCCAGCAGGCACAGCUCCCGUCUCGGGGACGGCUGACUGCCUUGUCCUAAUUGGUAUUCUUGGCCUCUCGGAGGCCCUGGCCACGGACGGGGGCCUUAGGCUGGGGGCGGGGCCCUGGGCUGGGAGCCUCCGGGAUGGGGAGGGCGCGUGGGACCACGGACGGGCGGGGCGACCCGCCCUGAGCCUGGGCCCUGCCAGCUGCGCCAGCCUCAUGGGCAGGCUCAGAGAGACCCUGCCCCAGGUGGCUCCGCCCUCUGCCACUCCCUCCCGCCGGUACCGGCUUCGUGUAAAGGGAUUAGCACUUUUUUCCUUUGCUCCUCUCCUGCCCUGAGGGCCUCCGUUUACCCCUAAACUGAAUCUGGCGUUUUUUUGGUCURGCGCCAGGUCCAUUCGAGCCCGGGGCACUGGCGGUCCCGGCAGUUGGCCUAUAUUCCCGCCUCCUCCCUUUGCCCCUUUGUCCUCAGUGGACUCRCUACCCGUUCUUCGCUCCCAGGGCCUGGGGCCGGGCCUCGGCCUCUCUCUUCCGGAGGCAGGGCCAGGCCCUGUGGGUAGGGAAGGGGCCCCGCGAUCUCCCAGGCAGGUCCGAGAGAGGGAUGUGUAGACUCAUUCUCCCGUGGAGAACAGGUGGCCCUGAGAUCAGGCCCCUUUUUGCUCUUUGUAUUUUAUUUUGGAACUGUAUUUAAUGCUUUUAUAUGAAAGGGGGCGGGACGGAGACGGAGCUGACCCAAUCACCCUAAUGUGCAAAUGUCUUAUUUAUUAUGUGUGUAUCAGAGAUAAGCUGUGAGGUAGUGGGGGAAGGACCUAAAGGAAGAAGGAGCUAGGACAGCGGCGGGGAUGGGAGGACUAAAUAUCCCAUACAUUCCUGUAGCCUCGGCCUCUUUCUCCUGCCCCAGCGUUGGCUUUCCACAAAGGGAUGCCCCUGCAGGGACGGCGUUCUCGGCUGGCUUAAAGUCAGGGCGGGGAAGCCAAGGGGUGGAGCUUGUGGGUGGGGUCUG